AGACAUGAACCUCCACACUCUCUCUUUCCGCACUUAUCUCUCAUCAUCAUCAUCUCCUCGAAAAUAUGCGACGCCGCAGAAUACCGAUACGAAGCCUGUGCGCCGGCAAAUUGCCGCAACGGUCCCAACAUAAAGCUUCCCAUUUUUCCUUCCAUCUCAACAAAGACAACAAUCCUACUGCGGCUUCCCAGGCUUCGCGAUCAACUGCAGUAGCACCGGAUUUCCACUUCUCCGCCUCUCGGAAAACGAGUAUGUAAUCGAAGACAUCUUCUACCACAACCAAUCUAUCUGCGUGGUUGACGCCGCAGCGCUGCCAUCAUCGAAUUGCUCUGAAAUAUUAAGCCAAAACACGACUCUCCCCGCCGGCAUACUUAAUUACGUCGGCGGCGAAGAUUUCCUUGUGUUUUCCGGCUGCAAAAACGUGACGGACGAGCUGCUGAGGUACCAGCUUGCCUGUCAUGACUUCAGCAAUGACUUCAACAAUGCAUCGUGUCCCGGCAACGAAUCAUAAGCUGCCAUCAACUUUGGCGAGUCAUGGCCGUACGACAGCAACUUUGUGCCCAGCACCGCGCUAAUAUACAGGUUGGCUAUGUACGGCGGCAAUGGAAAUUUGGGGAGAGCGGCUGGCACGUGUGAGGAGAGCGUGGCCGUACGUGCGGAGUUGAACGAGGAUGAGAGAGGAGAUGAAGUGGUGGAUGUUGCGGCGGUUUUGCGGAGGGGGUUUGUGAUGAAUUGGACGGCGGCGAGUGAUUGUAGUGCUUGCCAAGAGAGCGGCGGCCGCUGCGGCUUUGAUGAGAGUUCUUACCGUUUUAUGUGUUUCUGCCGUGACCGGCCGCGUUCUAGGAGCUGCGGACCAAGAAAAAAGAUCAGAUACAGUAUAUUCUUUUUCAUAGGUGGUCCUAUGGCCACUCUGACAUCCUGUGUGAUAGCUGUAUAUGUUUUCAUCCAGAGGAAGCAUGCAAAGGCGAAACAAGCGCAAGAAAAAGACAUCGAACGCUUUAUGAAAAGCAACGGAAAUCUUGCACCGGUUAGAUACAAAUACUCCAGCAUCAAGAAAAUGACGAACUCAUUCAAUAAAAAGUUGGGGAAAGGAGGGUUUGGCAAUGUUUACAAAGGACAGUUUCCCGAUAGUCGUCUUGUAGCAGUCAAAGUCUUGAACGAUUCAAACAGAAACGGGGAAGAUUUCAUGAACGAGGUCGCUAGUAUUAGCAGAACUUCCCACGUUAAUAUUGUCACGUUGUUGGGGUUUUGUUUUGAAGGUUCGAAAAGAGCUCUCAUUUAUGACUUCAUGCCGAAUGGUUCUCUUGAAAAGUUCAUUGGCACCAAUGCUUCCUCGUCGCAAGAUUCUGGGUUGGGAUGGGAUAAAGUGUUUGAGAUCGCUCUUGGGAUAGCUCGAGGGCUUGAAUACUUGCACCAAGGUUGCAAUACGCGGAUUCUGCAUUUGGACAUCAAGCCUCAGAACAUUCUUCUCGAUAAGGACAUGAAUCCAAGGAUUUCAGAUAUUGGGCUUGCUAACUUGUGUCCAAACAGAUCAAGCAUAGUCUCUAUGAUGGGGGCAAGAGGUACAAUAGGGUACAUUGCCCCUGAAGUGUGUUCGAGAAACUUCGGAGAAGUCUCUUACAAGUCUGAUGUGUAUAGUUACGGAAUGUUGGUUUUGGAAAUGGCUGGAGGAAAGAAGACCAUUGAUCCAAGAGAUGUAGAUAUUAGAUGUGAAAUGUACUUCCCAAAUUAUCUCUACAAGGAAGUUGAGGUCAAUGCAGAAAGAGCAGUGAAUGAAGAAGCUGAAAGCCAAACCUUGAAGAGAAACAUGAUCAUUGUUGGGUUGUGGUGCAUUCAGACAAAACCCAAGGACCGACCAUCGAUGACGAGGGUGGUAGAAAUGUUGGAAGGGAAGCUUGGAUCAUUGGAGGUUCCACCUAAACCUUACCUUUACUCACCACCAAUAUCAAGUGUAAUUAAUCUAUCCAUGGCAAAAACUAAAACCAAGAUUUUGCUUUUCUUACUCUCAUGCAAUCUCUUCCUUCCCAAAAUUGAUUCCAAAUGUCCAAAAUCUUUCUCAUGUGGGAAUCUAGGCCUCUUGAAAUUCCCUUUCACCACAAGUAGCAAUUGCGGGUUAUUUUUGGUUGACGGAUGUGAUUCCGGAUCACCCCAGCUUCGCCUGAGCCACGAAAAGUUCGGGCUCGAGCAAGGAGAGUACAACUUUGUCGGCAACAAUUUAUCGACGAACGAGCUCACAAUUUUGGACGGUUCCCGCCAAAAGAGCUUGAAUGACAAGAGUUGUAACUUUUUCCAAAAUCUUUCCCUAUCUCAAUCCCCCUUUGUUUCAUUCACUUUUUCCCCUAAUAUCACAUUUUUCACAUGCUGGAAUUCAACUAUUGAUCCAAAUGUCCAAGAUUAUAUACAAAACCACUACCACUAUGCUAGGUGUCAAGGCCCCCCAACAGUCUAUUAUAGAAACCCAGGGCAGUAUGUUCCAACCAAUAGUAGUAUUCCUGCCACGUGUUUGAUGGUUAAGUUACCAACGAAAUCGAACCGAGUUACUCACGAUCUAUUUGAUGAGUUGAGUGCUGAGUUUACCUUGAAGUGGGAUGUUUCUCAAGAAUGCUAUGAUUGCUAUGGUCGAGGAGGGCAGUGCGUUAGUGACAAUUUGAAUAAAUUCAAAUGCAGAGAAGAAGGACAUACGAGACGUAGAAAGAUCACUUUUAUUGGUGGUGUUAUCAUAGCCUCUCUUACAUUGUCUUUGAUAAUCGUAUUCGUUAUCAUUCGGAGGAAGCGUACAAAGUCAAAACAAGGUCGUGAAGGGGGCAUCGAACUCUUUCUGAAGAACAAUGGGAAUCCUGCACCAAUGAGAUACAAAUACUCCUACAUCAAGAAAAUGACAAGUUCAUUUAGAGAAAAUUUAGGAAAAGGAGGAUUUGGCAGUGUUUAUAAAGGUCAAUUUCCCGAUGGUCGUCCUGUGGCGGUGAAAGUCUUGAAUGAACUAAAUGGAGAUGGGGAAAGUUUCAUGAAUGAGGUCGCCAGUAUUAGCAGAACCUCCCACGUUAAUAUUGUCGCGUUGUUGGGGUUCUGUUUUGAAGGUUCAAAAAGAGCUCUCAUUUAUGACUUCAUGCCAAAUGGUUCUCUUGAAAAGUUCAUUGGCGACAAUGCAUCCUCGUAUCAAGAAUCUGUGUUGGGAUGGGAUAAAUUGUUUGGGAUCGCUCUUGGGAUAGCUCGAGGGUUGGAGUACUUGCAUCAGGGCUGUAAUACGAGGAUUUUGCAUUUGGACAUCAAGCCUCAAAACAUACUUCUGGAUGAGGACAUGAAUCCAAGAAUUUCAGAUUUUGGGCUUGCUAAAAUGUGUCCGAAUAGAUCGAGCAUAGUCUCCAUGAUAGUGGCAAGAGGGACAAUAGGAUAUAUUGCUCCUGAAGUGUUUUCAAGAAACUUCGGAGACGUCUCUUACAAGUCUGAUGUGUACAGUUAUGGGAUGCUGGUUUUGGAAAUGGUUGGAGGAAGGACUACAACCGUUGAUCGAAGAGAUGUAGAUUGUACGAGUGAAAUAUAUUUCCCAACUUAUCUCUACAAGCAGAUUGAGAUGAAUGCUGAAAGAGAUGGUGAUCUUGCUGGAGCAUUGGACGAAGAAGAUGAAAGCCAACACGUGAAGAGAAAUUUGAUCAUUGUUGGGCUGUGGUGCAUUCAGACAAACCCUAAGGACCGACCGUCGAUGACAAGGGUGGUAGAGAUGUUGGAAGGCAAAGUUGGGUCAUUGGAGGUUCCACCUAAGCCCUACCUAAAUUCAGCCCCUAGUGCAGCAUCAUCCUAUUCAACUUCUGAAUCUUUGUAGUAUUUUGUUUGAAUUUGUAUGGUAAGUUAUGUUAAAUUUUACUGUAGAAAGUGUUGAGGGUCAUUGUUUACUGAACAACAAGAAUGCUCCUGCUUCCUUUUUUCUUGAAAAGGAAAUAUAGGAAGAAACAAGACAGGAAACGAUGUCCAUUUAAAAGUCAGGUUCAUUCUAGAGAGUCAGAAAUGGUUGCCAGUCACCGUUACAUGGGAAGUUGGGAAUUUAUUAUAUUGAUUCAAUUCCAACUUUUGUCAUUUCUA